AUGAAAUAGAUGUCACUAGCGGCACUCGACGCUUGAUGCUCUUGAGAAUCAGUCGCGCGUUAUAUCAAGGUCUUUAUUACUCUGUGUUUAGAUCGGCAUUGGACAAACGUCAUUCAUAAAUUUCUUGUUUACAAAUGUAAAUGCACAUCGCAGUCGAACAUGGAUCUCUACGAUGUGCUCCUACAGUCUGGACUGAUAACGGGCGCGAUAGUGUUCUAUCUCGUAUUUAUUAAGAAACAAACACCAAAUAAGGGGAAUUAUAAAGAAGUCGGUUGGAACUAUCAUCUGCGGCUCUUGUUCGCUCGGUAUGCUGUACGGCGUUGGAAGUCACAAUUGAAACCUACCAAGCUGCAUGAGGUUCCUUUGCCUGAUCUAUUCACGGGAUGGGACAGCAUCGCACUACGGACGAGCGGGCCCGAUGGGUCAGCCAUACUCCUGAGCAUACGCAAGCUAUGUGGCCCACAGCCACUGGCCGAAAUUGUUAUUCACGUUAAUUUACCUGAUGGAACUGUUUAUAAGUUACCGC